AUGCAAUCACAGCCUGAUCCACGAAGGCCAAAUAGAAUAGUGAGAUUCAAAGCUACAGACUCGCAGACGAACAAUGCGGUCAGUGACGAUCCUCUUCCUGAGUAUAUGAACGUACUAGGAAUGAUUUUCAGUAUGUGCGGAUUGAUGAUGAGGAUGAAAUGGUGUGCUUGGAUGGCUCUCUUGUGUUCUUGCGUUAGCUUCGCAAACACAAGGUCAUCAGAUGAUGCGAAGCAAAUCGUAAGCAGUUUCAUGCUAUCAGUCUCGGCUGUCGUUAUGAGUUAUCUUCAAAAUCCUCAACCGAUCAUACCUCCAUGGGCUUCAUUUAUGUGA